CAAGGUCAUUAAUGUCAAAUCUAAAAUCCAAAUCAUAUGCAGGUUAUGUUGCCACGUAAUUUUAGCUAAAAAUUGAUCUGGAUAAUAAAAUAUGGGCAACUCCGAGAGUGUUGAUAUUCCUGGAGGUGGAACUGAUGGAUAUCACAUACUUCGGGUUCAGGAAAACUCUCCUGGUAGUAGAGCUGGGCUGCAGCCCUUCUUUGACUUUAUUGUUGCUAUUAAUGGAACUAGAUUGGAUAAGGAUAACGACACACUUAAACAGAUUCUCAAAAAUGGAGUUGGAAAACAAUUGCCAUUAACUGUAUACAGUUGCAAGACACAAAGUAUCAGAAGUAUUACUAUAGAACCCAGUGAUUCAUGGGGUGGACAAGGGCUGUUAGGAGUGAGCAUAAGGUUCUGCUCUUUUGAGGUUGCUAAGGAAAAUGUUUGGCAUAUAUUAGAGGUUCAUCCGAACUCUCCGGCGUCUCAAGCAGGUCUGAGGCCUUUUUCAGAUUACAUAAUUGGAUCAGACGCCAUUCUACAUGAAAGUGAAGACCUUUAUAACCUAAUCGAAAACCAUAACGGUGUCAGCCUCAAGUUGUAUGUGUAUAAUUCAGAUGAUGACAGCUGUCGCGAGGUAACUAUCGUUCCCAAUUCCCACUGGGGUGGAGAAGGAAUGGUGGGAUGUGGAAUAGGAUAUGGAUAUUUGCAUCGAAUUCCUGUUAGAGGAAACGUAGCGCCACCACCCACGACAACCAUAUAUCCAACAGUGAAAACAGUAACCGCUGAAAGUAUGAUACCUAAGAAUCAGACGACAGAUCAAGUUCAGAAUUUAGUUCAGAGUACAGCUGAGCUUAGUUUGAAUUCUCAGCAAACUACUUCUACAACUGAUGUACAUCAGAAUAUAACACAACCAGCUCUUGCUGGUAAGGUGGAAAACCACGAACAUUCCAGUUUGUACAGUUCGAAUUUACCUGCUCCUUCUUCUAUUCCUAAUUUCAAUACCAUUGCGCCAUAUUCUUCGACUAAUUUACCCCCCUUCGAUAUAUCGAAAUUUUCACAAACUCCAACAAUGCCUGUAAGCAGUCAGGUGGAAACCACUUCUCAGGUACCAAUGUACUUUCCUCAACCGCAGAUCCCUACAAUACUGAAUCCAAACCCACUAGUUACUACUAAUAACGUGGCUGCGUACAGCUAUCCCCAAGCACAGCCUGUUUACAGUCAUAUACCAGUACCUUCUUCUCAAGUUCAAGGUCAGAUUCAGAGUGUUCAAUCCGACAAUUUGAACAGUUCCCCAAAUUUCAGUUCCCCAACAUCAUUACCUCCUCCACCAUUAUCAGGGUUUCAACCAUACCAAAAUCAACCGUUGAUUUUUGAUCCAACGAUAGCUGCUCAAUCAGCUCAGCAAUUAUUGAGCGGAAACAUACCAGUCACUAGUUAGAAUCUAUUCAAAUAACAUAUUUUAUUACAGCUUCUAUAUUGUGGCAGAAGCAACAAUCAUUAUUUCCAACGUUCACCUAUUUCCAUCCAUUGAAUAUAAAUGAUGGCUGAUUGGGUUUGCAAGAGUACUAGUCAAGUGAAUCCCGACUAAAAAUUAUAUAUAGAGCUUUUCAAUUGGAGUUUGCAAGGGGAUCUUGGCAGUGAAAAGAUAUAUAGGAGAUGUUAGAUUUGCAAAUUUUUUAAUUUUUCAGUAAAAUUCAUCAACAAUUGGGAAAUAACUGUGAACUGAAUCUGCUUCACAUUCAAAAGUUAUUAAGACUGCUGCUGAAACUUCCAGACAUAUCGGAAUUAAUGUCUCAACAUAACAUUUUUGAAACUUCAAAGUUGAGUCAUACAACACUAUUUGUAAACGAGUCUGAUGAUUCAUUAAGAGUGCAAAUUAUGAACAUAUUUUCAGCUUUAUUCCAAUUGAAAAGAAAUACAGCCAAAAAGGAAUUUGUGAUUUUUCUGUUUCGUACAUCAGUACAUUCGAAAGAGUUGGAGGUUAUUUUUUGAUAACAUUUGAUAGGAUCCUAAAAUACUCAACUCUUCCCGAUUUAACCCAACUCUAUAUCUUUCCCUUUAUGAGAUCCCCAUGCAAAAAAAACAUUUUUAUUGUGGUGAAUAUUUACAAUUUAAACAAUUUUUUACUUCUGUGCAAUUCUUGAAUUAAGUUUCGGAAAGCCUUGAAAAUGCAUGUGAAAGGUGUUUCAUUCGGUAAAUUUCAUAAAAUAUGGUGAUAAGUUUUCAUGAAUUUGAUAUUUUAUUAAUGUUGUUUUGAAUCAGAUUUAUAUAAUUCGUUAGGAUUAUUUUCUCAGAUACAUGUAUUAGGUGUUGCAAAUAAGUCAAGAUUAUGAAACUUGAUUGUCAUACAAUUCUAUUAAAAAUUUUGUAAAUGUAAUGGGUAGAUUGCCUGGCAAUGUUGGAUACGCCUAAUUUUUCAGAUUUGUAUUAUCAUUUGGGCUUCAUGAUUUAUGUACCGCUCUGCUUCAGACAUCAUUUGAAUAUUAACUUUAAUUAUGAAUGAAACUCCUUUGAACUAUUGGCACUGUCUGGUGUAUGUGAAAUUUAUCAAAGUAACUUAUUUUUUCUGAAUUAAAUAGAUUUUUGAGUGCUGUCGCUUCUUUAAUUUGUAGAAUCACUGAAAUGUUUUAGUAGUUUAUUGUCUGACCAGGAGAAUGAUUCAUAAUUUCAAUUUGAAUUCAUCUUCUUCUUGUAACUAUUCAUAUAUUCACUCAAGCUUAACAGUUUCUGUAUCUGAAAAUAUCUACUGAUAUCAAAGUGUUGAAACAUUUUA